GCAAGAAGGAGACGGAAGAGCGGCGCCCCGGCAGUGCCCAACGAAGGCCUCAGGGCCGGGGUCACGGUUGAGGAGGCCCUGCCGGGGCGCGGGCGCGUGGGGAGGCAGGCUCCCUCGGGCGCUCCGGCCUAGGCCGCGCUGGGCUCGAGAGGGCGGGACCGUCUCCCGAAUCUCGCGGGCAGCCACGGGCUGGAAGAGCCCGCGUGACUUCUCGGUCCCCUUCCUGCCAGACUGAAGCGAGGCUCCCGGGUUUAGUCCUUCCCUCCCUCUGCCACUCUUCUCUCCGGUAGUGAGCCCCGUCGGGCGAGUCAUCCCGAGCCGGUGAAGGAGCUCCUGGUCACAGCGGCUGUGCGAGGCUGCUAGAGCCGGGCCCGCCUUCGACGCCCUUAGCUACCGGCCAGGCCUUCCCGAGGGAAGGGACACCCCAGAAAAACCCCAUUUUGGCUCAGCCGAACAAUUGGCAGCUCAUAAAGGCCCUACAUAUUUUCAUGUGAGGAUGUGCAUGUAGUGCUGAAGACGUAUUCUGCUUGCCCCCUAUACGUGUGAUGCCUGAGGUCAAAGGGGUGUAAAAUGGCUAAGAGAGUGGCUGAGAAAGAGCUGACGGACAAGAACUGGGAUCAAGAGGAAGAAACGGAGGAGAUGGGAACUUUCUCAGUCGCCAGUGAAGAGGUUUUGAAGAACCGAGCCAUUAAGAAGGCAAAGCGUAGAAAUGUGGGAUUAGAGUCUGAGAGUGGAGGAGCUUUUAAAGGCUUUAAAGGUUUUGAUUUAUCUUCUGGAGGUGUCGGGUUUUCUGGCUUUGGCAAUGGCACCCGAACAAAACCCUUAGGACUAUCCAAUGGUAGCAGCAGCAUUACAAAUACUUCUUCAUAUAUCAGCUUAAAGACAGCUGCUGAAACCAAGACUACAUUAACCAGCCCUGUGGUAUCCAGUGUAUCAGUAAAUACUCCGGUAGUUGAGAAGAAACCUGCAAACCUAGAAACCAAUGGUGAGAGCCAGCAGCCACCAUCCUCUGGAUUCGCUCCAAGCCCCGCCUGCAGCUCUAAUGUUUAUCACAAGCAGCUCGCUGCUCUCAACUGUUCUGUGCGUGACUGGAUAGUAAAGCAUGUCAAUGCCAAUCCGCUCUGUGACUUAACACCAAUCUUCAGAGACUAUGAAAAAUACCUAGCUGAGAUAGAACAACAUGGGAUCAGUAGUGACAGUGGCUCGGAAAGCGAGAGUAACAAGGCAGUUGGAAGUCAGCCUGGUGGUGCGUUUGGCAGUUCGAAUCUUCAGCAAGGCUCCAUAUUUUUCUUUAACAGCAACAGAUCUGAGGAUAUGCCUAGAAAGGGAAUGGAAUUGGAAAAGAAACCAGAACCAAAGCUAGGGUCUAAGUCAGCAGUCACAUUUACUUUUAGCAAGAGCGUUGACAGCUCUGGUCUGAAUUCUAGUGCAUUGCCUAGUUUCUCAUUUUCCUCUGGAUGUGCAAACUUAUUUGGGAAGGAUGCAAGCCAGGGCAGUGCUCCUUCAUUUUCAAGCAAAGCAUCAGAUACUCAGAUGGAAAGUGCCAGCAAUGAAGAUAAAGGAGGUGAAGAAGAGGAGGAGGAGCCACCAAAAGUUGUUGUUAAUGAAAUAAAGGAAGACGAUGCCUUCUAUUCAAAGAAAUGUAAAGUGUUCUACAAGAAAGACAAUGAAUUUAAAGAAAAAGGUGUAGGAACGUUACACUUGAAGCCUGCAGGAAAUCAGAAGACUCAGCUGCUAAUACGGGCAGACACCAAUUUAGGCAACAUACUGCUGAACAUUUUGGUGCCCCCUAAGAUGCCGUGCUCACGAACAGGGAAGAACAAUGUCCUUAUUGUCUGCAUUCCAAAUCCACCCGUUGAUGAGAAGAAUGCCGCCGUUCCUGUUCCCAUGCUGAUCCGAGUCAAAACCAGUGAAGAUGCCGACGAACUGCACAAAAUCCUGCUGGAGAAGAAGGAGGCCUGAAGGCACGGCCUGUGGGAAGGAGAACUUGCCAGAUGGUUGCUGCUCACUUUCCCCCUUGACUCUGACUAGUCCCUUCACUCACUACUCUUACAUUCUGAGGCCUGGUCUAAGGAUUCUGGUGAGAUAAGGAAAAGCAAGGAGGCCCAAUGAAAGCUUUAACUCGAUACACGUCCAUCGUCUCGCCCUUCUAGUUUGAAGCGCCUAAUGCAUGAGCCUUAUUUGAAUAAAGCAUAUUAGAAAAUAAAACAUUCACACACAGAUGAAACCAAAAAAAAAUCCCUGCUGACUACACGGAUGUGCUAUAAAAGAUGAUAUCAAAAAUGCUGUGGAGGAAAGAAGUAUGGAGGGCUGAGGGGGUGGGGUGGGGAAACCACUCGAGGAAUUACCGGCAAGGUUGCAUGGUCACACACCCCUCUGGCAUGCAACUGCCUUGUGGGGUUUGUUGAGGGAACUGGCGUUUCCCACAGAAGAGUGUCAUCCUACGUGCCAGGGUAACACGGGAUUUUUAAGAUUGUAUUUGGGAUUGAAGUUACCCUUCAACAAACAAUAGUUGUGUUAACUUCCAUGUUCUUCAAAUUAUUAUACUUCCAUGGUGGUGCUUAUAGCUGUUGUGCCUGUCAGGUAUAUUAGAAGGGCUGGUUGGGGGGGCGGGGGGGGCAGAGGCUUGGAGGGCCAGAGUUUGAGAUCCCCUGGAGAUGUCAAGGCAAAACAGUCUGAAUAUGUUUAUUGCAAUGCAGGAUGUUUUCCUGCCUUCUGGCUUUUAUGACACCCUGAGUAUCUUGUGAAGUGCUGCCUGAACCUUACAAUCCUUAUUAAUGCUGCGUGUGUAACAAUCAGUCAUUGAUUAGCUGUUUAAACAGGCAUCAUGUUAAUAUUGCAGUAACUGAUAAAACUGCCCAGGGGAAAAGCAGCACGGGCAAAAUCAGAAUGGCUUACUGCGCAUUAGUGCUUGAAACUGGAAGGGAGCAGAGCGCAACCUUUCUAAAAUACAGAUUGCUGUCUUGCGUCAGAUUUGUGUGUCACCUCAAAAUAAGUGUGAUAAAGUCUCUCAAGGCACAAUGCCAUGCGGAGUUGGCUUUUGUAAGCCUUAGACAAUUGGGAGCCUCCAUUUCAUUGGGGCUUUUGUCACUGAACUCACUAUGCUGUGUCCUUACCCCAACAUGGGCGAGAAACUAGCAAACAUGCAUAUUUAUAACAAUGCUGCUGUUAGAGAAAUUUGAAUGGCCAACGGCUUCAGUAAGGUGAGUCACUCGUUUAAAAAAAUAGGAUCUUAAAAACCUCCAAGUCUGCUUAUUGUGAAAGGCUGGAGAUGGGGGGGGGGGAGGACGAGGACAACGACAAGUGUUAUCCUUAUUUUAUUAAGUGGUAACCUGUCAAAUUGCUAUCACUUUUAACUCCAUUUGUACAAGAUUUAAUAGUACAAGUAUGUUUUAUUUCACAUUUGUGUGUUUUCUAAAGAGCAGGGAGGGGCUGUGCGUGUAAUAGUUCUUUAAUAGCUGGGUGAAUUAAGGAACCAGUUCAGUGAGAAGCAGUUUUUUCUUAAAUUUCCUUUCUACAGCUGUGUUCUGUGAUGCUGUUUCUGAAAGAAAGCCAGCAUGCAUCUGUUCUUUUUAAAAUUGGAUGAGUGGUCUUAAAGUUUGCAAGAAUGGUUAAAUAUGACACUUGAGGAUGGGUGGGCAUGUGUGAGAGAUGUUAAUGCUGAAGUAAAAACAGUUCUAUUGGAAACUUGUCUCUGCAAUACAGUGUAGUUAUCUAGAUCAAUUUGCAAGAGGUAUAGGGGAAUUGGUUACUAUCAAACAAUGCAAAUUCUAGAUUUCAGUGGAUAUACCAAAUUCAGUAAAAAUUCAUAGGAAAGAAGUAGCGAUGGUGGGAAUGGAAGGAUCCUAAAGCGGCUCCGGAGAUUCAUACGGUGACAUGAGGCAGUUUGAAGGGGCCUCUUCUGCUUGCGGAAAGGGGCGGGGGGUCCGAUUGUCGCUGCAGCCCAAGCACAUGCAUGACAAACUGCCUUGAGAAUGCUGAAUUUUUGAAAGCAGUUUCUAAUGAAAUAUGAAUGGCAGCUGCUUAAAAAUAUCCCACAAACAAAACAUACUAUGUCUGUCCAAUAAGGUCAGGAAAAUUGUUCAGAUGCUACAUGCUUCCAGCAUAAGGUGUUACCCUUAACACCAAAGCGAAAUGGCUAAUCCUGGGUCCUAAUGUCUUCACUCUGACCACUGUCCGCUGGGAAAAUUUCUGUAUUACUUCCCUGCCAUGCCUUGCUGGGUACUCUGGUAUGAGCCAAGGCAGCAGUGCCCACCCCAUACAGUGGGCACCCAGUAUGCAUUUGCACAUACUAGAAUAGUACUGGUUGAUUCUUUGGGGGAAUUUGGAAUAUCGUUUCUGAGGAUGAAGGCAUUCUCUUGGAAUGGCUAUGCUGUGAGUUAGGCAAACCAUUUACUUACUGGGACGCUUUUCUGUUUUUAAAUAUCCCCCUGGGCAGACCAGUGUGACUGUGCGGAUUGUGGCAAAAUGCACAAAUCAGUAAACGCUUAACAAGCAAUUUGUCAACAACAAAAAUUUCUCCCACAUUGUUUUAUUGCAUUUUGAAUUAGGCUUAAUAUAUCUUAAAAGUAGAAAUUUCAAUUUUAAUCUUACCAGUGCUAACUGUUAGAGUUGAUUAAUUUAUCAGCCACUUAACAAUUCAAAGUCAGAGAACAGUAAUAACUACAGGUAGCUAAAUGGGUUUAAAUUGUUACUUGGCAAUUAAGUCGUGUGUGUAGACUUCACAGAUUCUAUUGUACAGCAUGCUAGUCUGCUGCCACUGAAAAUUAAGUGGCGUUUUGUUGUGACAAUAUGCAGGAGUUUAGAAGUGGGUGUUUAAAUCUGUACAAAACUGGACAAUCAUGUUUGCACAAAAAAUGUAAUUUAAAGCAAUGCAAUGGAUAACAAGCUCAUCCUGGAGCUCGGUUCUCAGGCCCUGCACUGCCUCAGGAGGGACGUGGUCUUAAUUUCCAAUCUGAUCAUUUGUCUUGUAGAUAGUCUGUAGUCUAAAUUACUGCUGCAUGAUUAACUAACUGCUCUACUGUUGUCUGUUUGCAACUUCCUGCUGAACUUAACAAAACCAUUUUUUGUUGUAGCAAUAGGCUCUAGACACUAUUGCUCUACUAGGUAUUUUCUCUUGCAUGUACACUCACUUCAGAAAAUGAAAGGCCUGUUUAUCGCUGGGGAGGUAACCCUGGAGCUGGAGCAUUCUGUUCCAAGUGACAGGUGAAUCAGGGCUCCUCCAUAUGCCUCGUUCACACCAUGACAGGUAGGAGGAUUCUGGCCUUGCCCUCUUAAUAUCUGCUUUCAUGUGAGGAGGGAACCUUAAAUGCUCCUCCAUACAGGUGGAGAGGGGUAAUCUCAAGUGGUACAGCCCAGACACUGGCUUAUCUUGGACAAAGCUCAACCUGUUUGGGAGACACUUCUAUGUGUUAAAGCCUUUGAACAUUUUAUCAUCCAACAAGCUCUACAUGUAAUUUCUGGAGCAAAAGAUUGGGGGAAAGUUGCUUCACAUAAUUACAUUAUCUUAAGCUGGGGGAAUGGGUAGAUUUAUAAAUUGAAAAUGUGCAGCUACAUACAGACAGCAAUUUAGGCUUGGUUCUUGUGCUCUACAGCAUUCAACAAACCCUGAAGCCUGUUUCUGUUCCAAUGCCUUAAGUUACUUUAGCAGAAGGUGCUACAUCAUGUAUCCUAAUGUUACAUUUAAUUCUUAUGAUGCACAGAUUUUUGUUUUGUAAAGGCUUAAUGAAACAUGAGUUUUUUUUCUCCAUUUACUGUCAAAAUAUGCUUUGUUCAUUUUCUGGCCGUGUUGAAUGUUAACCUAAAGGAUGAACCAUCUAAAAAUGGCCUUGCUGUGUAACCUUUUCUCACAUUUGCUACCUGUAGUUCUUUCUUAGGACAUGUACCAGACCCAUGGAAAUGUGAAUAAAUAAAUGGCAGAUAUUAACUACA